CCUUGCCGGUGGUCGGGAACUUGUUCUGAUCCUCGGCGCCCGCGUCGAAUCCCCGCCCUCCCCUGCACCCUGGAUAUGUUUUCUCUCCGACCUGGAUCUUUUUUUGAUAUUGUGAAACUACGAGGGGAAUAAUUGCGGGGAUUUCUUCUCGGCCCCCUGCUUCCCCCCGGACAUGCCUUCAGUUUGGGGGGCCGAGGCACCCCGUCCUAGGCGAGUGACCCCCCCCAGCCGCGAGGGAGGAAGAUGAAGGCAAUUUCUGCAGCGGAACGAAAGCUCUGCGGCUAGGUCCUCUCAUCUGCCAUUAGUCCUUUCAGACCGCACUGUAAUCCGGGCUGGAGAAGUCAGACGAGAGCGAAUACGCCUCCCGGCCCGAUUUCUCCGCCCGAAGUCACUUGCCCGAUUCCUUUUCUUUGCCCGCCUGCUUCUUGGCUGGCCCAGGGAUGACUUCCUCGCUGCGGCGGCCGUGGCGGGUGCCCUCGCUGCUGCUGUGGGCCGUCCUGCUGGUCAGCACUGCGGCCGGAACAAUGGUUCAGUGUUCACGGGGACUUUUUAGAACAUAACUACUUCGAAUAGUGAGAAUUGACUGUGUCUGGAUUUACAGUUAACAUUUGAAGCUUUUGAUUUGGAUCCGGACCAUCACAUUUUGCAAAUACAGGGUAGUACCCCAAAUGACAACUACUGUUUAUGCUUCCCAGAAUCAAGAACGGUUAUGUGCAUUUAAAGAUCCAUAUCAACAAGACCUUGGGAUAGGUGAGAGUCGAAUCUCUCAUGAAAAUGGGACAAUACUAUGCUCAAAAGGUAGCACCUGCUAUGGACUUUGGGAGAAGUCAAAAGGAGACAUAAAUCUCGUAAAACAAGGAUGUUGGUCUCACAUUGGAGAUCCCCAAGAAUGUCACUAUGAAGAAUGUGUAGUAACCACCACCCCUCCCUCAAUUCAGAAUGGAACAUACCGUUUCUGCUGCUGUAGCACAGACUUAUGUAAUGUCAACUUUACUGAGAAUUUUCCACCUCCUGACACAACACCACUAAGUCCACCUCAUUCAUUUAACCAAGAUGAGACAAUAAUCAUUGCUUUGGCAUCAGUCUCUGCAUUAGCUGUUUUGAUAGUUGCCUUAUGCUUUGGAUACAGGAUGCUGACAGGAGACCGUAAACAAGGUCUUCACAGUAUGAACAUGAUGGAGGCAGCAGCAUCAGAGCCCUCUCUUGACCUAGAUAACCUGAAACUGUUGGAGCUGAUUGGUCGGGGUCGAUAUGGAGCAGUGUAUAAAGGUUCCUUGGAUGAACGUCCAGUUGCUGUAAAAGUGUUUUCCUUUGCAAACCGUCAAAACUUUAUCAACGAGAAGAACAUUUACAGAGUGCCUUUGAUGGAACAUGACAACAUUGCUCGCUUUAUAGUUGGAGAUGAGAGAGUCACUGCUGAUGGACGCAUGGAGUAUUUGCUUGUGAUGGAAUAUUAUCCCAAUGGAUCCCUGUGCAAGUAUUUGAGUCUCCAUACAAAUGACUGGGUAAGCUCUUGUCGCCUGGCUCAUUCUGUUACCAGAGGACUGGCCUAUCUUCACACAGAAUUACCACGAGGAGAUCAUUACAAACCCGCGAUUUCCCAUCGAGAUUUAAACAGCAGAAAUGUACUGGUGAAAAAUGAUGGAACCUGUGUUAUAAGUGACUUUGGGUUGUCCAUGAGGCUGACUGGAAAUAGACUUGUACGCCCAGGGGAAGAAGAUAAUGCAGCCAUAAGUGAGGUUGGCACAAUCAGAUAUAUGGCACCAGAAGUGCUAGAAGGAGCUGUGAACCUGAGGGACUGUGAAUCAGCUUUGAAACAAGUAGACAUGUAUGCGCUUGGACUAAUCUAUUGGGAGAUAUUUAUGAGAUGCACAGACCUCUUCCCAGGUGAAUCUGUACCAGAAUACCAGAUGGCUUUUCAAACAGAAGUUGGAAACCACCCCACUUUUGAAGAUAUGCAGGUUCUGGUGUCCAGGGAAAAACAGAGACCCAAGUUCCCAGAAGCCUGGAAAGAAAAUAGCCUGGCAGUGAGGUCACUCAAGGAGACAAUCGAAGACUGUUGGGACCAGGAUGCAGAGGCUCGGCUGACUGCCCAGUGUGCUGAGGAGAGGAUGGCUGAACUUAUGAUGAUUUGGGAAAGAAACAAAUCUGUGAGCCCGACAGUCAAUCCAAUGUCUACUGCUAUGCAGAACGAGCGCAACCUGUCACAUAAUAGGCGUGUGCCAAAGAUUGGCCCUUAUCCAGAUUAUUCUUCUUCUUCAUACAUUGAAGACUCUAUCCAUCACACUGACAGCAUUGUGAAGAAUAUUUCCUCUGAGCAUUCAAUGUCCAGCACACCUUUGACUUUAGGGGAAAAGAACCGAAACUCAAUUAACUAUGAACGACAGCAAGCACAAGCACGAAUCCCCAGCCCUGAAACAAGUGUCACCAGCCUGUCUACCAACACAACCACAAACACCACUGGCCUCACUCCCAGCACUGGCAUGACCACUAUAUCUGAGAUGCCAUACUCAGAUGAAACAAAUCUGCAUGCCACAAAUGUUGCACAGCCAAUUGGGCCAACACCUGUCUGCUUACAGCUGACGGAGGAAGACUUGGAGACUAACAAGCUAGACCCAAAAGAAGUUGAUAAGAAUCUCAAGGAAAGCUCUGAUGAGAAUCUCAUGGAACAUUCUCUUAAACAGUUCAGUGGGCCAGAUCCACUGAGCAGUACCAGCUCUAGCUUGCUUUACCCACUCAUAAAGCUCGCAGUAGAAGUGACUGGACAGCAGGACUUCACACAAGCUACAAAUGGCCAAGCAUGUUUAAUUCCUGAUGUCCCACCUACUCAGAUUUAUCCUCUCCCCAAGCAACAAAACCUUCCUAAGAGACCUACUAGUUUGCCUUUGAACACCAAAAAUUCAACAAAGGAGCCUCGGCUGAAAUUUGGCAGCAAGCACAAAUCAAACUUGAAACAAGUAGAAACUGGAGUUGCCAAGAUGAAUACAAUCAAUGCUGCAGAACCUCAUGUGGUGACAGUCACCAUGAAUGGAGUGGCAGGUAGAAACCACAGCAUUAACUCACAUGUUGCCACAACCCAGUAUGCCAAUGGGGUAGUACCAUCUGGCCAGACAGCCAACACAGUGGCACAUAGGGCCCAAGAAAUACUGCAGAGUCAAUUCAUUGGUGAGGAUACUCGGCUGAAUAUUAAUUCCAGUCCUGAUGAACAUGAACCUUUACUGAGACGAGAACAACAGGCUAGCCAUGAUGAAGGUGUCCUGGAUCGUCUUGUGGACAGGCGGGAGCGGCCCUUAGAAGGUGGCCGAACUAAUUCCAAUAACAACAACAGUAAUCCAUGUUCAGAGCAAGAUGCUCUUACGCAGGGUGUUCCAAGCACAGUACCAGAUCCUGGGCCAUCAAAGCCCAGAAGAGCACAGAGGCCUAAUUCUCUGGAUCUUUCAGCCACAAAUAUCCUAGAUGGCAGCAGUAUGCAGUUAGGUGAGUCAACACAAGAUGGUAAAUCAGGAUCAGGUGAGAAGAUCAAGAAACGUGUGAAAACUCCCUAUUCUCUUAAGCGGUGGCGCCCUUCCACCUGGGUCAUCUCCACUGAACCACUGGACUGUGAGGUCAACAACAAUGGCAGUGACAGGGCAGUUCAUUCCAAAUCCAGCACCGCUGUUUACCUUGCAGAGGGAGGCACUGCCACAACCAUGGUGUCUAAAGAUAUAGGAAUGAACUGUCUGUGAAAUAUUUUCAGGCCUACGGAGUGAAAUUAUUUUUUGCAUCAUUUAAACAUGCAGAAGACAUUUAAAAAAACCGCUUUGUCCUCCUGUCAGCACCCCCCGCAUUCUUGCAACAAGAACUUGCUUUAAAUAGAUUUCAGCUAUGCAGAAAUUUUAGCUUAUGCUUCCAUGUUUUUUAAUUUUUUUUUUUUAAGUUUUGCACUUUUGUUUAGUCUCGCUAAAAGUUAUAUUUGUCUGUUAUGACCACAGAAUUAUAUGUGUGUGUAUCAAAAGUGGUCUCAAAAUAUUUUUUUAAAAAAAAAAAAGCAAAAACAGUGUAUUGCUGAUAAUCAGUUUGGACCGGUUUCUAAAGGUCAUUAAAACAAAAGCAAAUUAAGACAGGUUUGACUGCAGUGGUGUCUGGUAUCCAUGUUUUAUUUCUGGGCACAAGGUGGUUUAUAUGUUGAUAUAGUCCUGAACAUGUUAUCUGUCGGACAUUCUUUUCUCUUGUGUUUUGUUUGAAUGUGCAAUAGUGUAUAGGCCACAAAUAAGCUUUCCUGUAAAGCUCUCUUCCUAACAGGACACACAUUCUUCCAUAGUAUGAGCGUUAUUCUCCCAGCCCCUCACCCCCAUACUUUUGGCCCGUCAGUUCUAUGACAGUGAAUUUUGCACAGGCAAAAGCAGCUACCUGAUUUCAUGCUGUAUCUCUCCUUAUCAUGGAGAAUGUGGAAACCUUGUCUCAAAGGGCUCUAAAGAAGGAACCACCAAAACCUAAUUUGAAAUGCCGUUUGUUUUUAACCUUCCAAAUCCUAAAUAUUUCCUUCCAGGCAUUUUAGUCAACAUAUUUGAUUCUGGUUUUGGAAGUUCAUAAGAGAGCAUAGAACAAAAUAGAGGAAAUCAAAUAUUAGCUUUUCCCAUUUUAUUUUAUUUUUAUAUGUAUUCAUAUCCCAUAUUCAUCUAUUUAAGAAGUACAUUUUUAUCAGAAAACUUAUAGAGCUAUACUUAUAUGGAAUUUUUAAGUAGGUAAAUGGUUAAGACAAUAUAGUAUUAUAGCCUUCACACUCUGAAUAGGCCACCUUUGACUCAAAUAAAAUUAACUUUCCUGUUGAAAAAAACUUCAAAAGUAACUCAUAGUUUUGAACCAGUAAGUAUCUUUUAAAAAUUCUGUUCCCAAGCAAAACCUGGUGACUUUAACUGAAAAUGAUUCCUCUUCCCAUGGCCUAAAACACUGUGUAAAAAAAAUCAUUAAGCUGGCAUGCCGAAUCCCUGUGGAUGGAAGGAUUGCUGCCAGAGCUACCUGUUUGAGCAGACUGAGGCUCACCUCUCUCUUUUCAAACUUGUGGGUUUCUUUCAGAAUUUCUCCUUUGGCCAGCUUUUCCCAUGAUCUUCAGUAUGUGAUCAGCAUUUGUUAUAUACAUUAGAAUAUGCCUUUUCAUGAUAACAUGUAUCCUUCAAAUCUGUUUUAAGUUCCCCCUGCUGCUUUCAUUAUUAAUAAUCUCCUCUAAAACAACAAUCUUUACAUGUUUUUUUUAAGUAAAGCACUUUCUGUCAAAUAAGGGACAUCUUUUUUUGAAUAAGCACAAAUUAUUUUCUAUCAAUUUAUGAACAGUAAUGAUCUUACACUUUUUUUUCCCCCAGAUUCUCAGAGUACUUAAAAGAUGUUAUCUAAUUACGUUUUGACUAAGAUUUCUCUGGGAAAUAGAAAGCUAAGAGGAAAAUCCCAAAAUUUUAGGCUUAGAUGUUUAUCUCCUAAGCCAUGUUUCUCAUUCGUACUCUUCUAUCUUCAUCAUUUAGCUAAAGACAGCCUAAAUUUUCCAAUUUGCUUUCCAAAAUACAUGUGACUUGUACAUAAACCUUCUCUUCUUGGCCAUCUUAUGAAUUAGGUGUUAUAACACUUAACCAUUUAUUCAGCUGGCUUGCUGAACACAGUUUGGAAUUCUUAGAAUUAAGAUUAUUUUACUGGUGCCCAGGAUUUCUACCUUUUAUGUUUUAUUAGCCUGUACGGCAGGAUGUGUAUGUGCUGACAUUUUUGUAGAAAAUUCAGUCAUCAUGCUCCAGCACAAAUGUGGCUUGUAUAUAAGCCAAAACAAUUACCUUAAUGAUUUUAGAAGUUAGGCAAACAUAAGACGACAUGUAGACGCAUCUGUGCUGAUUGUUGCUUGAGAAAUAAUCACUAAUUUAAGACAAAAUUCAGUCCCACAUCUGCCAUCAUGAGUCUUAAAAUCGUUUCACUUCUCUUCACUCCUAACAUUCUUAUAUUACAGAGCUAAAGGUAAAGUAAGUUUUAAGGAAAAAGUGAAGGUAACUUGUGGGAAUUGAGACUUUUUCCUAAAUUAAUCCCAUGCUAGAUUUGGAGGAAUUAUUUUAACAUGAGCUUUCAGUCUCAUCAGUUCUUUGACUCCAUCUGGAAAAUUAUCUGCUUCUAGUGACUUAGAAAACUCACUUACCAAGAGAACUAACCUAGUAGGAUGUAGGAAGGAUAAAAGGAUACUGUCCUGUUAAUAAAACAGUUCAGUGUCACUUCCUUACAUGUAUCCAUUUGUUCCAGAAAAUGUACAUUAGUUCCGAAGGUAGAAAUCAUUAUGAGAGGAAGGAAUGCUCAAGUGAAUACGUGUUUCAAUGGGAAUAAUCACAAAAUUUGCCAAGUGUUUUUACCUAAAACAUUUCCAAAUUUGGCUUUUAAAGCCAAAUAGAAUACCAGGUGUAGGCUGGUUUCUAGUUUCUGUAAACAUCUCUCGAGAGAGACAUUUAAAAUGGAAAGAUAUUUCAAUUAACUUUUUUUUUUUCAUAUUUAUGGGGAUGAAUAUUUCAUUGGUGGUAGUUUGCUCAUAGAAUUUGAGAUUACAUUAUAUUUCUGUAUAAUAUUUUAUAAAUUUAUGUUGUCAGUUAUAUGCAAGUUAUUAUAUAACUUCACAGAUUGCUUUAUCUUCCUUGCUAACUCCUUGAAGUUAGAAUCUGUAUACAUGUUAGUUGAUUAGACCAGUCAUUCUAGAAAUUGUGUAACACCCCCGUGUACACCCCAGAAUAUUCAUACCCUUUACUGGCAGGUCACUCUUCCAAUAAAAUUGCAUUUUAACUUUUAGAUUCUGAACUAUGCAAACUUUAGCAAAAACUACCUUGCGUGAUCCCUACCAAAUAUAUUCAUUGUUUAAGUAAAUCUGGCAAAUCACUGUUGGAGCUAGUUAUACAAAAAAAAAAAAAAAAAAAAAAAGCUGCUAUUAAAAGAGGGCUUACCCACAAGUUCCCACAUUAAAUUAGUAUACAAGAACAGAGGAACUCACGGGGCUCCCAGGUGCACCUGGCUGGAUACUUUCCUUGAAUUAUUUCAUAGUUUAUAUGUGACUUACUCUGUCCUUUGAUUAUAUGAUUUGCAAGUCAGGAAAGUUUUCCUCGUAUAUAUCCUGCCUUCCUCCUGUUUUAUUUUAAAUCCAUUUCUCUUACCAAUAGACAAAAUAGAGAGAGAGAGCCGUUGGUCAUCCUCUUCAACAAUGUUAUUCUCCUGAGUGCUUCAGGCCUCUCAAUGUCUCAGUCUCAAUUUUAUCUCAUGGCAGAUACAUUUGAAAUUGAACACGCCAGAAGAAUUUAUGUUUAUAUUAAAAUUAUGCCCAAAAUAAACCUAUCGUAUCUUGAAAAUUCCAGUUCCGUUACUACUGUGAUGUUCAUAGUGUUACUAUUAAAUGUCGUGAACGUACACAUGCAAUUUUAAAACCUAAUUUGAGGUCCAGAUAUUUAAAUCUGAAUAUGAGAGAGGGAAUCUUUAGAACUAAAUCACAUAAUUAGGGCAUCCAGUUUAAACAAAUCACUGUAUUUUAAAUUACAGCUUGACCUUAUUCAGUGUUUUAAAAGGCAACAUGUUAGUUUUUUUUUUUUUUUCCAUUUUAUGUGAACUUUUAUAUUUUGGAAACAUUCUCAUAUUUUAAACUCAUUGUAUAGACAUAGUAAUACUUAAAAACUCAGGGCCUCUUUCAUCACUUUAUACACUGAGAAAAUUUAAUUGGUAGCGAACAAGCAAUUGGAUUCAGUUGAAUAUUUAAAGUGUUUGUUGCACAGUUCAUUUAAUUAUUUGCUAUAAUUUAUAUAGACAUAAUAACAGAUUUCAUUAUUCAUAAAAACUUGCCCCUUUCUGUAAUUACUUAGUAGAAGGAAUGACUCAACUAAUUGGCAACAUGUUGCAGCAAAUUUAGGCCUUAGAGUUGAAGCACCUUCUUCAAACCAUUUCUGUCCUUUGGUUAAGUGGUUUAUACAUGAUGGGACAAAUUAUUUCAUUUUGUUACAUUUCUUAAUGUGAAAAUUUAAUAGUUUGUCUGAGGUAGAAUUUUCUCAAGAGGAAAUCUAACAUUAUAAAACUUCUAAAAGUGAACUAAUAAAUUUAUAGCUUUGGUAAUAGCUUGCAUUUUUUUGAAAAGGUAACCUAGAGUAACCUACCUGGUGUAUUUAUCACACUGUCACGUCCAAAUAGAAAUUUUGUUUUAACUAGACAAGUUCAAGCUCCAGCUUAUAUGCUGUGUAUUUAAAAUCCUAGCAGUGAAGACAUUUGUAACCAGUCUCUUAUCUUGAGCUCUCCACCUUAUUAUCAAUCCUUUUAAGUAUGUAAGGGAUAAACAUUUUCAAAGAACAUUUAAUUAGUAAAAAACUAAAUUACUGAAAGAUGCAAGUCAAAGAGAGUUAGGUCCCUGUUUGAUAUUGAAUUGCUUGGCUUCUGUGGCUUUUCUUUUUCUGGUCACAUUUAUUUAUUUAAACAAUUUUUGUAUGCUUUGUCAUUUCAUUCCCAUAGAGAUUAUAUUGUAUAAGUAUUUGUAUAAGCGGGAAUCAUACUUAGUUUUCUGUUGAUAAGUUUUCCAGUGAAAAUACGUGGACAAUUGUGUAAUACACUAACUCUUAGGGUGUUGUAGUAGCUGAAACAUGGAGAUGUGCAGCCGCCAUGCUUUUUCUGAGUGGACAGGAGAAACAUAAGCUAUGGAACAUUCAUUUCUGAGGAUGCUUUUCUGGAAAAACAAGUCUGAAAAAUAUUGGCAAUUCCUCAGAACCCUCUUUCUUGUUAACGGGUAUCUUUUGUUGGUGUGUUUUGCUCUUACAGAUAGAAUAUCAUAUAUGGAUUUAUGAAUAAUUACUUUCAGUUACUUUGCUUUUGUAUAAGCUGUCUGAAACCUUGCUAUGCUGUACAAGUUGUGUUUGAUGGAUCAGUGUGAGUAUGAAAUAAAGGAAAUCACUUUUCUUUUGUAUUAUCUAUGGAUGCCACUAUGAAAGCUGACAUUAAGCCACUAAAGAGUUUUCUAUGAAUAAUUGUAAGUAAGCAAAUGCUUCAAUAUCCAUAAACCUAAAUAAAAAGAAUGUAUUGAUGCAGAGACAUUAGAGAAGGAGAUUUUAAGACAGUUCUUUAGGUUUAAAAAAGGCUUGCUGUAAAAUGGUGCAUUAUUCCAUUUAUUAAAGAUCAUAUUAAUGACAGUGGUAAUUGUAUCUUUUUAUUUUAUGAGGUCACCAGAAAUUACGAUGGCUGGUAUUAUAUUUUAGGUAUUUUGCACUAGAAUAGUCAGUAUUCUAUCUAAUAAGACUUUCAUAACUCAGUAUGAUAUGUUAAAAAAAAAAUCAGCUAAAGGUAGAAUAAUAGUUGCUACUUCCUGGCCACCUUCUAUAUGUCAGAUAUUGUGUUAGUUACUCUACGUAUGUUGUUGAUAAUUUUCACAACAGUCCUACAGAAUAUAUAUUAUUGUCUCUAUAAAUGAAACUAAGGCUCAGAGAAGUUAAAUACCUUGCAUAAAGUCACAGAACUGAUAAAUGAUUAGAUUCUAACUUGAAUAUGUCUGAGAUAAUACCCAUACUUUUUCCACUACAUCAUUGUCCUAUAUAUAUGAGAUAUAUGUAUACAUAUAUAUUCCCCCCACCACCACCAUUUUGCUUUGAACUGUAGUUUUCAAGUUUUGGUUUUGGCAAGGGGAGCUUAAAAAUGAAAAUGGUUCAGUGAUUUGGUAGAGUAGUCAGGAACAGGGAAGAUACAUGAAUCAAUUUGAGGGUACUGAAAAGCUACCAGGUACCAAAACAGCUGUCUCUAUUGGCCUAACAUUAUGUCUGUGCUUCACAUUGUCAAAGAGGGCAGUGACCCUAUAAGCAAAAGGAGCAACACAAAGCCCUGGAGGCCUGAGGGGGUAGCGUGUUUUCAGGAGGAUGGGAGGUUGAUAAGAGUAGAAUGCUAGGUUGAAGAAUGGAGAUGGCCAAGAGGAACCCAGGUGACCCAGAAGGGACUGUAUCACAAAAGGGUUAGCUAGCAUCGUGUGCUAAAAUUUUGGACUUAUCCUGGAAGAGAGUGGAGGAAUUUAAACAGGGGAGUUUCAAAACCAGAUAAUUCAGCUGGUAUUAUGAAGAAUGGAUUGGGAGAAAGGGAUUUGAAUAUAGAAACAUGGAGGUAGGAGACUGAUAAGGCACUGGAGAGAGAGGAUGAGAAACUGAACCAGGUCUGAGUCCGUGAUGUUGGGAAGAGGAAGCAGAUUGGCCAGAAUUAGAAGAUCAGUGGGACCCCAUAAUCUACUAACUAAACUGAGCAUAGGAAAGGUAAAGGUUAACUUCAAGGUUCUGCCUUGGCAAGGGAGUGAUCAUCCCUCAAGAAGUGAAAAAGGUCAAGGAAUGUGCCCCUGAUGGAAGAAAUCGCCUGUUUUAAAAUAGAACCAUUUUGACAUAUUCUGCUUUGUUAGUUACAUUCUGUGUUCAAAUUUUUGGUUCCAAAAAUAAUAUGCAGAAACAUUUUACCUAUUAUAUCAGAAAUGUUUCCUGAACAGAGCCUUCCCUGGAUAAGUGACACAGAGAGUCAAUUUGAUCUUUUUGAAUAAGUGUCUUAGAACAACUGUUGCACAUAGUGUGGUACUAGUACAACCUGGCUCUGCCCUUAGCCUGUAAAAAUGAAUAUCAAGAGCAGUCUUAAAAGGAACAACAACAACAACAAGGUGUCCCAAAAUAAUGGGUAGUGGGAUGAUGACAAAGAGGUUUUGUUGAUUGCAAAUAUAUAACCUUCUAAAAGGAGCUACCCUUCUCUUGCUGGGUGUUUCCACUCCCCAUGUCCAGCUCAACUUCCCAACCCUGGAGCUCUUCCUUCCCUCUCAACGAAAUUAGAAGGGAAGGUAGCAAAACCCAGAGAUUAUUUCCUAUUCAAGGAAAUAAGUAUUCCUUAGUUGUUUGGGUUUUUUUCUUUUUAAUAAACAGAAAAAGACAAGUUUUCCUUUGCUUAGCAACCUUUCCAUAGAUUGGACCAAUACAAUCCUUUAUGUAAGAUGCCCUGGGAAAUGUGCUUAACUACUUAAGAAAAAAGUACUUAAGGAAACAAAUUAUUCUCUUCAGAUAUUGUGCAGAACUCUAGAACUACCUGAGGUUUGUGUGUGUGUGUGUGUGUGUGUGUUUUAAAUACAAAGUUACAGCAAAAACUCUCACGUCUCCUCUUAACUUCAUUGCCUCUACUUAGCUGAAUUUCAAAGUCUUUCUGUGAGCUGUUGCUAUUUGCACCAGGUCUCUUUUUUAGUUUCUCCCUACUCCAUAUGAUUUUGUACUCUUUUGCCAGUCAUCUUUGUCAGUAAUAGCUCUUACCAGGUCACUGGCCUGCUCACAAACUUCCAGUGGUUCAGACUCCGCAACCGGACAUUCCAAGUUGGAGCAGUCAAGUAACUUUCCAUGCUCUACCAUCUCUACCCUACAAUUUACAGCUACUAUUUACUUUAUCUCUUUACUAGAUUGUCAGCCUUUCAUAUCAAGGAGGAAGUCUUAUCAGUUUUUUCUGUCCCUGAAGUAGCAAUGUUUAAUUGGUAAUUGAUAAGCUGAUACCAAAGUAGCCUUUUUUAAAUUUUUAAAGUAGAUUCUUGUCUAACCUUUAUUAAUCAGGCUUCUUAGUCCAUCUGAGUUACUGAUGUGCUUGAAAGUAAUUUAACGGCAGGUCAUUUGGCAAGUUAUUCUUCAAGAUUUGUGACACGUAUUUGGGGUUAAAAUUGGCCAGAGUGAUAAGCACUGAGGGGAUGUGUGGAUGUGCUAUACAUGUGAACACAAAGCUUAAAUAAAUGAGUACCAGUAUUACCCACAAACUACAUUCAGCAGGCAUGGCUUUGAAGAAGUCAGUUAAGAGUAAGCAGGUUUGGAAAUGGGCUUUUGAGUUAAGUGGCUUUAUCUUUUUGCUUUUUCCUAAACUGUUUCUACUUACUUUUUCAGUAAUACCAAUAUAAAAAAAAAUUAUAUAAUACCAAUAAAACAGUAAAAUCACCAUACGUCUGUGCACCACUUUGACCAGUAGGCGGCUCUCUUAUUUCAUGUUCUAAGAACUAGGAAGCUUCUCCAUUCUUUUCAAAGACUAGAUGUCUCGGUUGUCAAAUUUGGUUCAUAAUGUUUUCUUAUUGUUUAUAAAUAAUAAGUAGAACAAGUUCUGUGAACAGCAUUUACAUUUGAAGAGUCCAACACUUUUCAUGGGCUGAGAUGGUAUGGGCUAUGCAGAAAGCCUUCUUUCUAGUGCAACACAAAAAAUCAAAGCCAGGCUUUAACAAACGUGACCUUGUUAUACUAUGACUUCACUUUAGUUCUGCAGUGAAACAUAAUUUGCAAUUUCUGAGACACUGGAAGAGGUAUCCAAUCCAGAGUUGUUCCAGCAUAUUCACGCAAGCCUAGCAUUCUAUCAAAUUUUUUUAGAGUUCUGUGAAGGCAUUUUAUAACCAAAGUUAGGCUUUACAUUUUUUUUUAAACCAUUACUGACUUUGGCUUUCUUCAUAUUUAACUUUUUUAAUGAUGUGAUUUCUGACUGCUUUCUGUUCUGUGAUUAUAGUACUUUAAAAUCAUAUUUUUUAUCAAUCUUUAGAAUUGUUGAACAGUCUUCAGUAUUACUGUAUAUACCAUAAUAAGGACAAAAAAGGUACCAUUGUCUAUUACUAUAAUGCUUUUGAAAUCGGAAAAUUCUUUUUCUUCAUUUUGUGGGAUAUUUUGUGACAAUCCAUAUUGCAGCUUUCAGUUAACAUUAGUUCGUAUGGCUUUUUUUUUAAUCAAUUUUUAUUUUUUUUAAUUAACCUUUUUCUUCUAAAAAUAAAAGACAUUAAUAUACUACAAGGUCCAUAUCACCAAACAACAGUUCAUCAAUCCAUAGAUUACCCAUGGAAACAACAUUCUUUCUUGUUGCUAUUUGACCCAGAAAUUAAAAUGCAGAUAAUUAAAUCUGUUUCAACGAAAUGUGAAUUAGUAGAGUAUUUGAUAAAAAAAAAAGACAUUCCCUAAAGCAGUACCGUCCAAUAGAUGGGGAUGAUGGAAAUGCUCUCUAUCUGUACUGUCCAAUUCAGUAGCUACAUAAAUUUGAAAAUUCUUGUUUUAAGCUUUCAUGAAGAUGCCUCCAAAUGAAUAAACUGACACAAAGCUCCCAACUGGAAGAACUUAUUUGAGAGUCCUAGGUGGUAAAUGCAGCUGAUAUCCCCUUUGCUAAAGAUGAAAAUGAAAUGGUAAGGAAAGAAUGAGACAUUGCUACACAUACCCUAGUAAAACAAAAUACUCCAAAUGAUCAGUGAAGUAUGAGCUAUCAUAGAUCAUAUCUGACUCCCCAGUGUUCUUCAAGGUGCCUAUUUCAAAAGUGCUGGAUAAUUUUCUAUAUAUAUACAUAUAUAUAUUUUUUAACUUAAAUCUGACCCACUAUUUUCUGAGUUAUAGAAAGGGAAAUUAUUUUUCCCCUUUACCCAAACAACAAUCCCUGUGGAUCUGAAGGCUGUUUCUAUUGUAACACAUUAAUCCAAGACUUCCAUGUGUUUUGAAACAGGACCUCUUUCAACAUGAAAAUUGUUAGCAACAAAAGAAUGAUAUCCUCACAUAGAUUGUGUAGGCAAGAACCAAAAAGGGACAUAACUGACCUUUGACUUAAGGGAUAAAAACCCUUGCGUCCUUUCAAAGAGAUUUACACAAGUAUUUUUUUUAUUCCUAGCCCAAAGCUGAUUUGAAGAAUUAAGAAACCAAGAGCUAGGAUUGCUUCAAUUAACAGUUUGACUAAAAUUCUGGAAAUAGCCUUUCCUAAGGUAUGUAGCUAUCACCCCAUCUGUCAGUUUGUCGUACUAUGGUGGCUUGCGUAUUGCUAUGAUAUUGGAAGCUAUGCCACUGUUAUUUCAAAAACCAGUAGGAUCAUCCAUGGUUUCAGUGGAGCUUCCAGACUAAGACUGACUAGGAAGAAAGGGCCUGGCUCUCUACUUCUAAAAAUAAGCCAAUGAAAACCUUACGGAUCACAACUGAAUACUGUCCAAUAUAGUGCUGGAAGAUGAACCCCCUAGGUUGGAAGGUACUACACAAUAGCCUCAACAAUGGACUCAAACAUACCAACAUCACAAAGAUGGCACAGGACCACGCAGUUGCAUUCUGUUAUACUUAAGGUUGCUGUGAGGUGGAGCUCAUGUGGUGGCAACUAAGAACAAAAAGGUAUGUAGAAUAUCAGUAAAUCACGCUCUGUAGAGACCUUCCUCUCAAUUACUUUGGGUCCUCUUGCAUCAUUUAUGUGCGUGACAUACAAGAAAA